UGGUUAGCCGACCUGACUCUGGGUAUCUUGAAAGUCGCUCGAUAUCUGCUGUUAUCCGUGUAGUGCCUGAGCGGGAGCCUACUGAUUGGUCAGAAAGACUUGAUCUUUAGGAAUACACGGGCUGCCUGCAGAUGAUGAAGGCCGCUUGAAGAUAAGCUAGAGCAAGUAUUUCGUACGUUUUCCAUAAUCUCGUUACGAAACAAUCUUGUCAAACAGGAAAGAAGCUUGCCAAUUUGCAUGGCGUCAGAGCUUGUUUUGGGUUAAAUUCGCUGCAAGAGCUUCUGUUUGCUCAGGGUUACACGGCCAGGCGGAUUACCCGAUACUUGUUCCUUUUGCCAUCUUCAAAGGAAUAAUGGGAAAACCUAGAUUACGAGGAAGCUCGCCAGUCUACUUGAACCAAUCUCAAACGGAGUUAUCACGACCACCGUCAGUCUUCGAGGAUUGGGACCAAGAAACUGCAAUGGAAACAUCACGCCCUACGAGCCUGGCCAUACCGCGCACAGGUUCGCCCUUCACUAAUCCACCAACGUUGUCGGAGAUUCUCUCUAACACAGCACCACCGCCAUGGACACUGAGUUCUUUUAUGGCCUUCUUGUCCCAAAACCACUGCCUAGAAACUCUCGAGUUUAUAAUGGAUGCUGAACGGUACAUGAUUAUGUAUCAUCAGAUCGCGCAGGGUCAAGCACCUAAUGGACCGGCAACAAUAUGUUCGCUAUGGCGGAAAGUCAUUGAUGCAUACAUAAUGCCAUGUGCGCCUCGGGAAGUCAAUCUUCCAGCGGAUGUUCGCGACCGUCUUCUACAGCUUCCCUGCUGUAAAGCGAACCCGCCCAAUCCCUCCGAACUGGACGAAGCAGUUCAGAUUGUACGGGAACUGAUAAACGAUUCUGUUCUUGUGCCCUUUCUUGAGUCUGUCGUAUCAGCUACGGUUGAAUCACGGGUCGAGGAAGAGUCUCAGGAAUAUAGACAAGGGCGUUCGCGCCUUCGAAUACCAAGGGACAUCGGGCACGACGACGAAGCAAGCCAGUCACCUAGAUCAUCCUAUCUUCCACAUUUCAUCAUGGGACGUGGAGCUGGUAAUCGGUCCACCUCUGCCUCGGUAGAGACAGUAUUUGAUUUGGUGACUGAUGAUAGCAGUCCAAAUUCGACUCCUGCAGCCGAGCCAAUGACACCACCUACAACCCCACCCACCUCAGAUCUUUCUUUUAAUACUUCACCUAAUAAUCUACAAAAAGCCAUUUCGGGAAAUAGUUGGAAGAAGAUGGGUGCGAAGUUAGGAUUGACAAAAAAGAACAAGUCCGUCCGUCGCACAGGCUCAACAUCAGCCAACCAACCCCCAUUAUGAGGGUUACAGGCCGCGCCAUCACCUGAUCUCUCCAUCGCUAUGAGUAGUAACAGCUCGAUACCUACUCUACGAGAGACCGCCAGUAUGAAUACGCUGUGGGAGGAUCCCCACCCCGGCGAGAAAUUGGAGAUUCCACAUGGGAUGUCUGCUGGAUUAUGCACCUAUCCGCAGACCGUCAGUGGAGAUGUCACGGGUGGCGUGGCCGUGAAAGCGCGUAGCGCAUAUCAAAAUGAUGGAUCGUGUACGGUUGGGCGCAAUGUUCGGUGCCGUCAACGCAGCAUUAAGCCCAAACUGUUAAAGAUUCCUGCGAGGGUCGUUGAAGAGCCAGAGGCAAAAGGCGGACCAGUAAUUAUGCCUCAGCCGUGCGGGUUCGUGAAACGACCACUUCGCCUCCUACGUUCCCCUGAAUCCUUCCAUAGCUUUAAUUAUGAAACGGAUACCGAGACGGAAGCCAGUGCCGAGACUGGAACGGUUGUUAGUGAUGCGGAAACCGAUCAGACCGAAGUCACUAUCGGCCGGAC